AUGGCCAACACUACCGGAGAGCCCGAAGAGGUGAGCGGCGCACUGUCCCCACCAUCGGCAUCAGCUUACGUGAAGCUGGUGCUGCUGGGACUGAUCAUGUGCGUAAGCCUGGCGGGCAACGCCAUCUUGUCCCUGCUGGUGCUCAAGGAGCGUGCCCUGCACAAGGCUCCUUAUUACUUUCUGCUGGACCUGUGCCUGGCCGAUGGCAUACGCUCUGCCGUCUGCUUCCCCUUUGUGCUGGCUUCUGUGCGCCACGGCUCCUCAUGGACCUUCAGUGCGCUCAGCUGCAAGAUUGUGGCCUUUAUGGCCGUGCUCUUUUGCUUCCAUGCGGCCUUCAUGCUGUUCUGCAUCAGCGUCACCCGCUACAUGGCCAUCGCCCACCACCGCUUCUAUGCCAAGCGCAUGACACUCUGGACAUGCGCAGCUGUCAUCUGCAUGGCCUGGACCCUGUCUGUGGCCAUGGCCUUCCCACCCGUCUUUGAUGUGGGCACCUACAAGUUUAUCCGCGAGGAGGACCAGUGCAUCUUUGAGCAUCGCUACUUCAAGGCCAAUGACACGCUGGGCUUCAUGCUUAUGUUGGCUGUGCUCAUGGCAGCUACACAUGCUGUCUAUGGCAAGCUGCUCCUCUUCGAGUAUCGUCACCGCAAGAUGAAGCCAGUGCAGAUGGUGCCCGCCAUCAGCCAGAACUGGACAUUCCAUGGCCCUGGGGCCACUGGCCAGGCUGCUGCCAACUGGAUCGCUGGCUUUGGCCGUGGGCCCAUGCCACCAACCCUGCUGGGUAUCAGGCAGAAUGGGCACGCAGCCAGCCGGCGGCUGCUGGGCAUGGACGAGGUCAAGGGUGAAAAGCAGCUGGGCCGUAUGUUCUACGCGAUCACACUGCUCUUCUUGCUCCUCUGGUCACCCUACAUCGUGGCCUGCUACUGGCGAGUGUUUGUGAAAGCCUGUGCCGUGCCCCACCGUUACCUGGCCACCGCUGUUUGGAUGAGCUUCGCCCAGGCUGCUGUCAACCCGAUCGUCUGCUUCCUGCUCAACAAGGACCUCAAGAAGUGCCUGAGGACUCAUGCCCCCUGCUGGGGCACAGGAGGUGCCCCGGCUCCCAGAGAACCCUACUGUGUCAUGUGAAGCAAGCUGGUAGGCAGACAGGCAGGGAGAAGGUCAUGGCUACCGUGAUGGGGCCAGCAGUAAGGGAAGG